AGAGAUUGGUGAAAGUGUGAGAGGAGAAGAUGUGUAUAUCAUCCAGAGUGGCUGUGGAGAAAUAAAUGAUAACUUAAUGGAACUGCUCAUCAUGAUCAAUGCUUGCAAGAUUGCAUCAUCCUCCAGAGUGACUGCUGUAAUUCCAUGUUUUCCAUAUGCCAGGCAAGAUAAGAAAGACAAGAAGGGGUCCGUGGAGCGUUGGAGUCGUGCUCCAAUCUCUGCAAAACUUGUUGCCAACAUGCUGUCAGUUGCAGGGGCUGACCACAUCAUCACCAUGGACUUACAUGCUUCUCAGAUCCAGGGUUUCUUUGACAUUCCAGUAGAUAACCUGUAUGCAGAACCUGCAGUGCUGCAGUGGAUUAAAGAGAACAUUUUGGAGUGGAGAAACUGUAUCAUAGUCUCACCUGAUGCAGGUGGUGCAAAAAGGGUUACUUCAAUUGCUGACAGACUGAAUGUGGAAUUUGCUCUCAUUCAUAAGGAAAGAAAGAAGGCAAAUGAAGUGGACAGAAUGGUCUUGGUUGGGGAUGUGAAAGACAGAGUAGCAAUUCUGGUCGAUGACAUGGCUGACACAUGUGGCACAAUAUGUCAUGCAGCAGACAAGUUAGUAUCUGCUGGAGCUACUAAAGUUUAUGCCAUUCUUACUCAUGGCAUCUUUUCUGGUCCUGCUAUUUCUCGGAUUAAUAACGCAUCGUUUGAGGCUGUUGUGGUAACUAAUACAAUCCCCCAAGAAGAGAAGAUGAAACACUGCCCAAAAAUCCAGUUUAUUGACAUUUCCAUGAUCCUGGCUGAGGCAAUUCGAAGAACACACAAUGGUGAAUCUGUGUCUUACCUCUUCAGUCAUGUCCCCUUGUAACUGCAGGAGGUUACAUUGCAUCUUUGCAAAGGUCCCUUCAGCUAGCACUGUUGUUUUUAUCAAUGCAUCUCAACCAUAAGAAAUGAGUAUCUUUGUACAAUUCCAGAGCUUGUAUGUUUAAUUACUAUAUUUGUCUUGUAAUUACCAUUUGUUCUUUGUAAAUGGGCAAUAAAUCUGUCUUGCAGAAA